AUGGGAGCCAAGUGUCCCGGAUGUUGUAACUAUGGAAAUGUGCGCGUGCUGGUGCAGCGCAGUUCAGCUGAUACAUGUACAGUUGCACCUAAAGUAGACUGGAGGAUUCCGUGGCUGUGUUUCUGUGGUCUUUACGGGAAGAUGUGCAAUGGAAUGACACAUCUAACUUCCAAAGCCUGUGGGGCAUGCCCCUCACUAAAUGGUCUAUCCUUCUUCCUGUUAGUGACCACAGUGUCAACCGGGGAUGGAUUAGGGUGUGUGAGGCCAUAUAUGGUUCAAAACAGUUGGGUAAACCUCACAGAAAGCAACAGGGGUUUAUUCCCUGUUGGGACAGUGCUCCAGUACAGCUGUGACCCUGGUUACCAACCCGAUGGUCCCAGCAUCCUCUCUUGCACAACAUAUGGACACUGGUCUUCUGAACCUCCUCGCUGUAUACGCAGUGAUAUGUGUCGACCUAUUUCUGAACCUGAGAAUGGGGGAUAUAUCUGCCAUCCAUCUCCAUGCCGAAUGUUUUCCCAUGGCACAGUAAUUGAAUUCUUCUGUGAUGAAGGCUUCAUUCUCAAAGGAGAUUAUAAGUAUCUGGCUUGUCAGGAUGGACUGUGGGAUGGGCCAGCACAUAUCAACUGUGUGAGCCAAGGCUGCAUAAGACCCUUUUUGGUGCCUCAUGGAUCAACUAAUCUGACAGAAAGCAACAGAGGCUCCUUUCCUGUUGGUACAGUGUUAGACUACCAGUGUGACCCUGGAUACCAGGCAGAUGGUCCCAGUAUCCUCACCUGCACAUCCCUCAAGCAGUGGUCUUCUGAUCCACCUAGAUGCAUACGCAGUGACGUGUGUUUAACUCCGUAUCAACCGGAAAAUGGAGGAUACACUUGCCAUCCCUCUCCCUGUACAAGGUUUUCUCAUGGCACUGUGAUUGAAUAUUUCUGUGAAGAAGGCUACAUAUUGAAAGGAGAUUAUAAAUAUCUUACCUGUCAGUAUGGGGAAUGGGACAGCCCUAUGCAAAUAGGCUGCCUUAGGGAGCAGGAUCAUGAUUCCACCUUACCCCUCGAAAUGCCUGCCUUGUCGAUUGUAGCAUCUACUGCUAGUUCAGUGACGCUCAUCCUUCUCCUGGUAGUACUUCUGGUGCUACUGCAGCCAAAGCUGAAGUCCUUGCAACGUCGUGAUCACGGUGUGUCUGGCCAACCUGUGUCUAUCAUGGUGGAGGGUGUCCAGGUCACUUUACCAUCUUAUGAAGAGGCAGUGAGUGGUGUGAGCACCACAACCGCCCUUAACGCUGAGUCACAUGUUCAGAUUGUGUUGUCUGAGAGUCAGAAUGGCACAGUGACAGAGGCUGGUCCCUCUGGCCUUUCCUCGAUUAAACAACAGCACUCAGAGUUGGAUGCCUACAACUCAGUACCUCCAUCUUCCCCUUCCUCAUCACCCUCCUCCUCCUCCUCCUGGACCCUAGACCAUGUGUGUGCUUCAGCUGCAGAUCCAGGAUUAGAAGGACACUCUGCAGUUAGUCUGUAUGAUCCAGAGGUGGACUAUUCUGAUGAUAUGCCAUUGCUGAAAGAGGCCUAA